AGCAAAAGCAACAGAGCCGCGAUGGCCAACCGGGCCGCUUCCUACGUGCUCGCGGCCGUGUGCCUGCUUGUGCUCGCGGCGACGGUCGCGGAGGCGAGGCACCCGCGGCUCGUCCCGGCGGUGUUCGUGUUCGGCGACUCCACGGUGGACGUCGGCAACAACAACGACCUGAACAUCUCCGUCGGGGCCAGAGCCAACUACCCCAAGUACGGCGUGGACUUCCCCGGGUCGGUGCCGACCGGCCGGUUCAGCAAUGGCCUCAACACGGCGGACUUGCUAGCUCGGGCGCUUGGGUUUAAAAGGAGCCCACCGGCUUACCUCUCUCUGACGAAAAAGACCGUCACGCCCCAGAUGUACAAAGGCAUCAACUUCGCGUCAGGAGGGUCCGGGUUUGCAGAUGACACCGGCCGUUUUCUGUUUGGCGAGGUGAUCCCGAUGUCGAAACAGCUGGAGUACUUCUCAGGGGUUGUCAAGCACAUGACCAAGCUGUCAGGCGCGAAGAAGACCUCCAGCUUCCUCUGCAGGUCCAUCUUUCUCAUCAGCGCCGGCAGCAACGACAUGUUCGAAUACUCCGCGUCUCCUGGUCCUAGCGACGACUACAAGUUCUUGAGUGGCCUCGUUGCUGCCUACAAGCAGUCCAUCACGGCCCUUUAUGAGAUGGGCGCGAGGAAGUUCAGCGUCAUCAGCGUCCCGCCGCUGGGGUGCCUGCCGUCGCAGCGGCUGCGCCGGCUGAAGCAGAUGGGCACCCAGGGUUGCUUCGACCCGCUCAACGACCUCUCGCUGCGCUCCUACCCGAUGCUCGCGGCGAUGCUGCAGGACCUGGCCCGCGACCUGCCCGGCAUGGCCUACUCCCUCGCCGACGCCUUCACCAUGGUCUCCUUCGUCUUCGAGAACCCGCGGACCGACGCCUGGAGCUUCACGGAGCUGGAGGCGGCGUGCUGCGGCGGGGGCCCGUUCGGGGCUGCGUACGCGUGCAACGAGACGGCGUCGCUGUGCGCCGACCGCGACGGCCACCUGUUCUGGGACGCGGACCAUCCCACGCAGGCCGUGUCGCUCGUCGCCGCGCAGACCAUCUUCGCCGGCAACCGGACCUUCGUCAACCCCAUCAACGUCAGGGAGCUGGCCCUGCUGUGACUGUGAUUGAUUGGUUCCGCGCAAUUUUCUUGGGAUUCUCCGGGGCAUGCUUUGCUCCUGGUACGAAUAAGCAUUACUAGUCACACAGGACGGACGGGGUCAGCAGUGUUUGGAUACGUUUUUCCUAGUCACGUUUGGAUUAUAGUCUAAGCGAAAUUAUUUUCACUUCUUGUUUUUCGCUUCUCGUAGUUCAAAUCUGUAAAGCGGCUUACCACAUAAGCGAGAAUCGGUGAAAAUAAGCAAAACGUUUGGCAGGAUUUUCGCUUAUUUCCAUCCAUAAGGCGCUUAUAAGUGGAAACAAACAGGCCGUAGAGAUGCGCAUGGCCAGCC